AUGGUAUUUUACAUCUCCUCAAAGGGUAACCAAAUAAAUGACUACGUUAUAACUAGAUCGGUAAGUUCCAAGAGAGAUUACAUCGACGGGGUCAGAAAGGAAGACCCGAAUUGUAGAAGAGGCGACGGCACCGGAGUUGAAGUCGUAAGCGGGUUCGAAGCGGGAAGCGGGUUAGAAGUGGGAAGCGGGUUCGAAGUCAGAAACGGGUUCGAAGUCAGAAGCGGAGUCGAAGUCAGAAGCGGAGUCGAAGUCAGAAACGGCUUAGAAGCCAGAAACGGAUUAGAAGCCAGAAACGGAUUAGAAGCCAGAAACGGAGUAGAACUUGGCAACAGAGUCGAAGUCGGAAGCGAAGCCGAAGUCGGAAACGGUCUCGAAGUAGGAAGCGGAGUCCACCUUGGCCGCCGAGCCGACGAGGGAACCCCCCACAGAGACAUCGAGCGCAACUUCUUGAAUCUUAAAAAUGGUAUACAGGACUCUGUGGACUUUGGCCUGUUCAUAAAACUAAAAGACAUUAACAGCUUGUCAAACGACAAUAUCCACGAAAUUAAUGAGCUGUUGAAGAAGGAGAAACAGAAGGACCGAGAGAAAGAGAGAGAGAGGCGACCCAGUGCUGACUCUAAGGAUUCGAAUUACAAGAGAAAGCAGGAGUACCAGGAGGUAGAUAGCGAGAAGGAAGAGGUAGGACAGGAACUACACGAGACAAAACCGUUUGCUGCAUCACAGGAGUUCCUUCUGCAAUAUCGUCACCACUUGCAACAACAGCAACAGAAGCAGAAGCAGAAGAGACAGAUACGGCAGCAACGACAGCAGAGGCAACAGGCGGCAGAGGACGACCAGGAGGAAUCCAUUUACGUCAGGAAGUAUAACAAGAGGAGGGAGAAGAAAAUCGAACCCUACGCGGAGGGGAGUAACGCUCUAUGUGAUAAUAGUGCCCUACGGGAGAGCAGCGGCAGAAUUGUGUUUGAGGGUAGCAUCCAAGUUGAGGGUAGCAACCAACUUGAGACCGCCAACUCACGUGAGACCGCCAACCCGCGUGAGACUGCCAACCCGCGUGAGAACAUCGGGCUGAGGGACAGCUCCUGCAUGCGAAACAUCGACUACAGCCUGUGGAACCGAAUAGGAGAGCGCAGCCGAGAUCAGGCGCCGAUACACAGAGGAGUCACAGCCGAGAAGGAAAAGAGAAAGUACAGCAAAAUGAAUAACAACACGGACGUUCUUGUAAAUACCGGAAGUAGCAACACCUGCGGGGUUAGCGGGGUUAGAAGUGGAGGCAACAUUCGGGGGGCUGGGAGCAUGCGAGGCAGCAGCGUGAGAGGCAGUGGUGGCAUGAGGGGAAGCGGCAUGAGAGGAAGCGACGUGAGAGGUAGCAGCAUCAGAAGUAGCAGCAUCCGAAGUAGUAGCAUCCGAAGCAACAGCGUUAGAAGUAGCAGCCUCAGAAGCAACAACGGAAGGAUUGGUGCAGUCAAAAACGGAAACAGUGCCAACCACAAAGGUAAUAACAACAGUGAGUACUACCCCAGUUACAACUACAGAUAUGCAUAUGAGGAUGGGAGACAGAGGGACCUGCUCAUUGGAGAGGAAAAUGCAAACGUGAAAAAGCAAUACAAUAAUGUUAUUAACGAAUUUGACCACAUCGAAAUUGUGAAUAACAUGUCCGAUGAUGAGAAGAACGAGCAAAUAGAAGAGCAAAUAAAGGAACUGGAAGAAUUGGACAUUUUGGAAAGGCGCAGGGAUGGGCGGCUACAUGAGGGUGUCUUGCAAGCGGUGAAGAAGGACGAGGAGAAGUUUAAAAAAAUCGAAAGAGCAGAGGCAGCCGCGGCAGGGGGAGCGGUAACAGCAGCGGCAGCAGUAGGAGGAGCAGCCGCGGAAAGAAUACGCCUAACCAAUCGUGACAGCGACUGCUACGACCAGUACGCCCAACACAACCGCCUCAAACAUGCGCAUGGCAAUCACCACCACGUGAGUCGAAACCCCAGCAAAGACCGAAGCGAAGUAAUGACCGAGUUAAGCAGAGCGCAUUUGUGCAAAGCCAAGUUGGAAAGUGCCAAUGGGGAGGAAUCCAAACGGUUUAUCGACGCCAGGGCGUUCAAAAUGGCCUACGUCUGUAAUAGCGGGGGGAACAGCGGCGGGAACAGCGGCGGGGGUAUGAACGACGCGGGUAACAACGACGAGGGGAAUAACGACGAGGGGAAUAACGACAGCUGUAACGACCCACACUCUAGAAACACCUACAACGCAGGAACGAACGGAAUGACCAACGGUUCGGUCAACGGAUUGACGAACGACGCGGCCAACGGUGCCACCAACGACACAGUCGACCACACGCCCAGCGAUGUGGCCAACGUCAAGGGAGGAAGGCUGCUGAGGAAUCUGCACAAGAACAACCUUCUUGGUGACCACAGAGAAGGGGUUAACAGGUUGCCUAAGAAAUACGCCGCCGAAAUGUGUGGGCCAAAUAACUUGGUGGUCCAUCGAAAGAGGAGGAGAAAAAAUUUGGAUGACAGCAGCAGGUAUGUAGAAAAUGAAGGCAUUAACGGGAUGAUCACGAGAGGUGCAGACGACGGGCACGUCUUCACCAACCUCAAAUCUGAGAGCACUCACGUAGGAGUGACCAGCACCUCCCCCCUUAACGACACUGCGAGUGCUGAGGCGAAGCACAUGAGCAACGGUUAUGGCAUAUCUCGUAAUGACUGCAACGGGGAAGUUAUGCAGGAUGAGGGUGGCAACCAGGAGCAAGGCUCUACAAACACAUUCGGCGUUAGAAAGUUUGAAAGAAUGAAUGACCACAGCAGCGGUGGGGGUGGACGUGCUGUCUACAUGGCGAGGAGUGGCUUCUCCGGGGUAGGUAACUUCACCGGGGUAGGUAACUUCGCGGAUGGCUCCCCUGCCAUGGCGGAUGGAAACGGAAAACCGGAGGAGGGAAACGCGAAAAACUGCGAAAGGUACAAUGCACAGAGUAACAACGAUUAUGAAAUUUUUAACGAAAAUGGGAGUGUCCAAAAUAAUAGCAGCAGAGGAACUCAGGGCGUGGUGGGUACCAACGCGGACGAGGCAGACGACGAGAGAAAUGGCUUGAAUAACUCCUCCCACCAAUCAAACAUCUGUGUAAAAACACGUGAAGGACCCCCAUUUGGUCACCCAAGAGGAGGCAUUAAAAUGAAGGGCCAUCGGCAUAAAAAAAAAGGAAGAGCUUUCCACAGACUGCAUUCUAAUAUGAACAUCAUAAAAGGAAUAAACAAAAAUAGCGAAUCGAAGUUUGGCCAUGCAGCAAAUGCUACCAUACCCCAUUCGCAAAACGGUGAGAAGAGAGACUUCCUCACAAAUGAGCACAAUUUGGAUCAUGUAGUUCAUGAGAAGGUCAGGAGCUCGCCGGGGUCUCACUUCCAUGGGCACAGCAAUGCGAAGGAGGAUUAUGCGGACAGCAACGACAAUGAGUACAUGAACAACGAGAGCGCCUCGCAUGGCUACGCGGCUCGGUUCAACGAGGACUUCUCCGACGCGGAGGACGACGGUGAGCAGAAGAAGCGGAAAAAGCGAGUCACCGAGGAGGGCUCCAAGGAGAGCAGCAAAAUCAACGUGGGGGACAACUACCAAGUGCCCAAGCUGCCCAACUUCUUCCUCUGCCGCUCGGAACUAAUGUACAGAAAUUACGAAGCGGCGGAGGAAACAAAUAACGACCAAGUUUGCCUGACUUGUUCAGGUCUUCCCUGCCAUUGCCGCGUAGGAGAAGCGACGUUAGUAUAUUCACCAUUAAUGUUGGAAAGGGUACGAGAGAAAUGUAUGAAAAAUAGGGGCUACCACAAAUGCGUAAAAAACGAAAUUGAGUUAUCUGCAUAUGUACAAGAGUGUGCAAAAAGCUGGAAGUCAAAUAUAGACGAAUGGGUCCCCUUCUCACCUGAAUAUGCAUAUAAAUUAUUGCAUUAUGCAAAUUAUGACCCUCAUAAAGCUAUUAGCAUUAUGAAGUCCUCGGAGUUUUCCUUCCGAAAAAUUAUGGACCCUCCCACGAGGAAGUAUCAGAACAAAUGGAAGCCAAAGGAUAAGAGGGAGCAUAUUUCCAAGAACCCCUUCCCCUCUCCCCUAACCAUACGGACGUACCUUUCUAAGAGGCACCACAUCAGUGGCUAUCACCUGAGGUGA